AUGUCCGACUCAACAUCAGCACCCGAUGCCAACGUCAUCCGCGUCGGCACGCGCAAGUCGCCGCUGGCCAUGGCGCAGGCCUACCUCGUCGUCGACGCCCUGCAGGCCGCGUUUCCCUCGCACACGUUUCCCAUUGACAGCAUGACGACGACCGGCGACCGCGACCAGAACACGGCGCUGUACAACUUUGGCGGCAAGGGCCUGUGGACGUCGCAGCUCGAGGACAAGCUCGUCCGCAACCAGGUCGACAUUGUGGUGCACUCGCUCAAGGACAUGCCCACGGAGCUGCCCGACGGCCUCGUCCUGGGCUGCGUGACCAAGCGCGGCGACCCGCGCGACACUCUCGUCGUCAAGAAGUCGCUGACGGAGGAGCACGGCUGGAGGACGCUCGCCGACCUGCCCGCCGGCAGCGUCGUCGGCACGAGCAGCAUCCGCCGCAUCGCGCAGCUCGCCCGUCGCUACCCGCACCUGACCUUCAAGGACCACCGGGGCAACAUCAACACGCGCCUGCAGAAGCUCGAGGACGACCCGGCGCUGUCGGCCAUCAUCCUCGCCGCCGCGGGCCUGCAGCGCAUGGCCUUUGGCGACCGCAUCGCGCAGUUUCUCGACGGCGACAGCGCGGGCAUGCUGCACGCCGUCGGCCAGGGCGCGCUGGGCAUCGAGUGCCGCGCGGGCGACGCGCGGGUGCUCGCGGCGCUCGAGAAGCUCAAGGACGUCCCGACGACGCUGGCGUGCCUGGCGGAGCGCAGCCUGAUGCGCUCGCUCGAGGGCGGCUGCAGCGUGCCGAUUGGCGUCGAGACGACGUGGCUCGCCGACGGCAGGCUGCGGCUGCGGGCGACGGUGGUGUCGGUCAAGGGCGACAAGGCCGUCGACGCGGACGAGGCCGAGGCCAUCACGACGGAGCAGGCGGCGGACGAGUUUGGCAAACGGAUUGCGAGGGACCUUGUUGCGGGUGGCGCAGACGAUAUUCUCAACGCAAUCAACGCGGACAAGGCCGCACAGGCACAGCAAGCAGAGGCCGCACAAGCUGCGCAAACAACGCAGGCAGCGCAGCAGUAG